AUGGGUACCAAAUCUAAAAAGAAGGCUAAGACCCGCCUUGACGCGUAUUACCGCCUCGCCAAGGAUCAGGGUUUCCGUGCGCGUUCCGCCUUCAAACUUGUGCAACUGAACCGCAAGUAUGAUUUCCUUUCAAAAUGUCGCGUACUCGUUGAUCUCUGCGCGGCUCCGGGUAGCUGGUGCCAAGUAGCAGCAAAACAUAUGCCCGUUGGUUCAAAGAUAGUCGGUGUGGAUUUAGUACCCAUUGCACCCAUUCGAGGCGUGAAGACAUUUGUGGGCGAUAUUACUGAGGAAAAAACGAAGAAAAUUAUAAUGACUUAUCUCAAACGUGAGCCAGUGGACUGCGUUAUUCACGAUGGUGCCCCCAAUGUUGGUGGUGUGUGGUCGCGAGAUCUGUUUGAACAGAACUCGCUUGUUCUACACGCCGCGAAGUUGGCUAGCAAACUGUUACGGCCAGGUGGUUGGUUCGUCACAAAGGUGUUUCGGUCACAAGAUUUCCAUAAGCUCAUGUGGGUGAUGAAACAGUUGUUUGAUAAGGUGGAGGCCACAAAGCCACUGGCCUCACGUAUGGAGUCUGCUGAGAUUUUCGUGACUUGUGCGGGUUACAAGGCCCCCAAGCAAUUGGACCCUGCGAUGUUUAAUCCGCAGAAGGUAUUUUCUGAUGUGGAGGAGGAAAAAAUACUCACCCCAUCCGGGGCUCUUGUGGUGCCCAGGUCUAAUGUGCCUGCAGGGUACGAGGAGUUUGCUACGGUGCAACAACACGUGGCGUCCUUUUCAGAGUUUAUGAGUAGCAGUGAUCCAAAGGCAUUCCUUCGUUCCCACCACGAGCUGCGUUUUACCACCCCGGAGGAGAAGGCCUUUUUAAAGUCUAAACACUCCAAAAAGGAGUUGGUGUACCUCUGUGGGGACUUACAGCAGGUUGGGGAUGCGGAUUUGCGACGACUUGUACGCUGGCGUGAACAACUGCUGCGGGAGCAGGCCCGGGAACUUAAGCAACGCGCCGCGAGUGAUGCGAACGCCGGGGACAUCGCGGAGGAAGACGAAGAAGAAGAGAAGGACGACGAUAAAUUUGAUUUUGACAGUGCGGAGGGCGUUGCAAAGAUAGCGAGGGAGCUUCUUGAGUUACGCAAGAAGCAGUCCAAGGAAAUGAAGAAGAAGCAGAAAAAGAUUGUUGACAGAAAACUCAAACAGAUCAAAGGUCUCAUCAACUAUGAUCCAAAUACCAGCGCAGAGCACAUGACAGAUGCGGAUGGUUUUACGCACGAUGCAGAUGGAGUUGAGGGAAGUGAUGUUGGUGAAGAAGACUCUAGCGAGGAUGGCGAAGACGAUGAGGGAUUCACUGUUGGAAAGCUGGCUGCCGUCGAUGAGGCAGACGUUGCUAACAUACUCGACAAGCACUGGGAAGAGCCGGAUGAGCGACUUAAUGAUCCACUCAAUCCUGUUAUGAACGCCAAUCUUAACUUGGAGAAGGACUGGGACGUGGGAAGCGAUGAGAAGGAAGGUGGCGACGAUGAGCAGUAUGACGGCAGUGGCCGACUCGUCCGCUCCAUACAGCUUGUUGAGGGUGAGGAAGAUGGUGUGGAUGUUGACAACUACGGCAACUACAUCCCCGCUAAACGUUCGGCCCGCGUUGCAUUGUACGAAGAGGGCCUUAGCAAGCCUGGUGCUGAGGAAGAUGAAAGUGAAGGGGAAGACGAAGGUGAAGAUGAUGCCACACGUCACAAGAGGGAAAGGCACCAAACUACUCUUGAUGCUGCAGGUAAGCAGAGUAAGUGGUUGCGUCACCACGUCAACAUCGAGAAGGUUCUCCGGGAUACAUUUCCCAUGCCACGAAGUGAUAGUGGCAACAGACGCAAGAAAAGUAAACGUCUUGAGGAGGACCGAGUGGAAAUGAGCGCGCCAGGCCCCCUUCGGGAUGAUACCGCCGGUAGUAGCACAUCCACCAGAAAGAAGAUGCGCUUUGAUGCCCGUGUGGAUGAUGACGAUGAUGACAUGAACAGUGUUUCUGACCUCUCUGAUGGUCGCUUUAGUGACGACCGGAGCGAUCUUGAGGUGAAUGUUGGUCGUGUAGAUUCACGUCGCAAGCGUGCCAUUGUACCAGACAUUGGCAAGCUAACCACGCAAGAGCUCGUACGGCAGCAGCGAAAACAGACACUAAAGGAGAAUGCUGAGAAGCGCCGUCAGAGGGGCAACAGUGGCAACAGCAAAGACACCGAGUUUGAGGAGGUUCCCGUCGCUCUUACAGACCCGGAGGUACGUGCCCGCACUCUUGCUAUCGCCACAAAGAUGCUUGACCCGCGUGGCCGUCGUGAAAUUCUUGAUGCAUCUAUCAACCGCUACACCUUCAACGAUGAUGAAGAUCUUCCAGAUUGGUUUUUGAAAGAUGAGCAGCGCAACUGCCGCGUUGUACUACCUGUCACGGCGGAGGAGGUUGAGGCACAGCGUGCUCGCUUCCGCGAAAUGAACGCGCGUCCGGGUAAAAAGGUGAUGGAGGCCGUUCAACGUAAGCGGCGCCGUGCGCAGCGAAUGCUUCGUGGUCUUAUUGAGCGCGGAAAGGUGGAUCCGCGUACGCGUGAAAAGGCCAAUAACCUCAGCGUACGAAAGCUCAUGCGAUCGCAGGCGGUAAAGGGUAAUGGAGGUCGACGUAAAAACGGUCCACUCGAUCGCAAGAAGAUGGGCGAGUUGCGGCGCGACAAACAACGUGCGAAGAGGCGUAAGUGA